GCGGCGUCAGGCUCGACUCGGCCGCCUUCCGCCGUCCUCGCCCCAUGGCCCCUGCCGGCGGCCUUGGCUCCUGAGGGGCUCCUGCGCGCGGGGCGCUGGGCUGCGGGGCGGUGGCGGAGGGGGCGCUCGGUCUAGCGGGCGCGGCCCCACCGGGUAAGGAUCGCCGCCGCCCGCGGGCCCUGAGAGGCCGCCUCUUCUCCCCGCUUGGCUCUCCUCCUCCUCCUCCUCCUGCUGCCUCCGCUCCGCUCCCCAAUGAGAAGCUGCUUCUGCUUGAAACGGGGGAGCCGGGAUCAGCCGCCGCCAGCGCCCCGGGCAACAGAUCAGUCCACGAUGCCUGAGGUUCGAGAGCUUGCCGAUGCGUUGCCGGAGGUGUCAAUGGACCCAAUCACCGGCGUCGGGGUCGUUGCCUCCCGGAACCGAGCGCCUACGAAUUACGACGUUGUUGCACAAACAGCAGAUGGCUUGGAUGCUGAUCUUUGGAAAGAUGGCCUCUUCAAAUCCAAGGUCACGCGGUAUCUGUGCUUCACGCGGACCUUCUCCAAAGAGAAUAGCCAUCUGGGCAACGUCUUGGUCGACAUGAAGCUCAUAGAUAUCAAGGACACUUUGCCUGUUGGUUUCAUUCCCAUCCAAGAGACCAUGGACACGCAAGAAACGGCUUUCAGGAAGAAGAGGCUCUGCAUUAAGUUCAUUCCGCGGGAUUCUACGGAGGCCGCCAUUUGCGAUAUCCGGAUCCUUGGCCGGGGCAAGCCAGCCCCUCCACAGUAUACAUUCAUUGGGGAGCUGAACAACAUGGGCAUCUGGUACCGCAUGGGCAAGGUCCCCCGGAAUCACGAAUCAUCUCAACCCACGACGCCUUCUCCGCAAGCUCCGGCUACGACGACGGCCGCAAACCUUCCCAGGCAUAUAUCGCUGACGCUUCCUGCUAGCUUCCGAGGGAAAGGGCAUGGCACUCGACCAGAUUUUGAGUACCAGCACUCCAAUUUAUAUGCCAUAUCAGCCAUGGAAGGUGUGCCUUUUAUGAUCUCAGAGAAGUUUGCCUGCGCUUCUGAAGGGAUGCAGCCGGUGGACCUUCUAGGCAUCACUAUCAAAUCCUUGGCGGAAAUAGAAAAGGAGUAUGAUUACAGCUUCCGGACAGAGCAGAGCGCAGCAGCCCGACUUCCCCCGAGUCCCACUCGCUGUCCACCGCUCCCGCAGUCCUGAAGCCCCUCGGCACCUUGGAGAGGAAGUUCACGUACUACUGAGAGGGGGAAGUGUUUCCCCUCCCUUCCCAUAACCUUCUCCCCAGUUCCCAUUCCCCCCUCCCCAAAACGAGCAGUGUUACUGGAACCCUUUUCCAGCAAACAGGACAAUAUCUUUCUCUCUCGUGAUUUGCCACUCUCUUUGUACAAUAUAACUGGAUAGGAUUUCUCUCUCUCUCGUUUGUAUCUUUCUCUUUGGAGAUUUUGAUCAGGUUGCCCAUCAACUUCUCUGACCGUCCAACCACCUCUGGGAUCCGCUCUGCAUCAAAACUGUGUUAACCUAGACCUCGAUGGAGGUGUCAGUCGGUCCCCUUUUGAUGACGAUGAUUUUUCCCCCUCCUGAUAACUGGUUCUGCCAAGCAGUCUCUAAAACCCCUUUGAAGGGAUCGUUUCCUGAAAAUAUCUUGCACUGCCUAAGAAGUGGCAGGCACCUAAACUUGUAUUGCCGGCUUAUCCUCAGCUUGUGUCAGAAACGAGAUGUUUCUCAUAAUCAACCUGCGCCGACUGGGCAAGAAACAAGAUGAAAAAUCGCAAGCCAGUGCGGUUUUAUGACCUGGGCGGGUCAAUCGCUCGCUAAAAUCACAGCGUAUCAUCGGCCCUCAACUUGUGCAUUUGUCUCUUUCCAAGUUUGAGGUUUUAUCUGGAUCGAAAUGAGACAAUAAACUGUGUUAGCUCGAUGGGCAACUGUUCUUCCAUGACCUGUGGUGGUUUCCCACUUGGUAUUGGCUUACAAAAGGAAAUAAAUAAAUAGCCAAUACUUUUGCCUUCUGCACCAUCAAAACCAUGCACAGCUGAUAGUUUGGAAACAAGCUCAAGAUCCUUUGUGGACUGAACUUUCACGUGGAAGCCUGGAGUUGCACUUGCACCCAACCACUUUCCCAACUCUGCUGGCAAAGUGAUGUUUCAUCCCAAGGUCGCCCUGUCAAAGUCGCUCGCUUUCCAAGACCUUUUUCUCCCCCCCCCCCCAGCUGAGAAGAAAUCAGUCCAGACUCUUGCCUACAAGCGCGGGAGAUGUUCUGCGGUGCUGUCUCUCAUUCUCCCUGAACGCAAGCUGCCUGGAAAGAUAUCCAGGCUUUCUUCCUCUCCCCAAGAUUUCUUGAACGCAGCAGCUAAGUAGACAGCCGCUCAAAAUGCGCCCGUUGCAGCGGCUGAUUCUUAAAGCCUUUGUGCCCCCCGUGGACUGCUUUAAGACGAGAGCGACCACCAUGCGUGCCUCUGAAAGCCUUCUCGGAAGGGAACUAAGACUUCACUUCUCAUCAAGGCCGGCCUGGUUUGGCCGGUCCAAGGACAAUGUUUAAGCUUCACUCUCUGGCAUGCUCACAGUGGCUGUCUGUUUGAGUUCCAAAUGCAUGUCUUGAUGAAAUCUGUUACUGAAUAUUUUUUAAGUUAUUUUGGAAAGCCUGUGUGAUCUCAUGUGCUGCUUUUGAGAGUCCUUGCCAGAGAACAAAUGCUUCAUCGGGGCAGCAAAGAGGGACAGGAACAUUUCUACUUUUCCCCACCCCUCUUGUCCUACAAAAAUAACGUGGAAAGGUUCAAAUGUGUAACAUGUAAAUACUGAUAGUUUAACUGUAUUAAAAUGCAAUCAAUGUGUUGUAAAAAAA